CUAGAUUAAUAUAGUAAACAAUGAUUAUGGCAUAAGAUGUUAUGAGAAACAAUAUUAUGAUUGUUGAAUAGGAUGGCAAAUAAAAUUAUGGCAAAUGAAAUUCUGGCAAAUGGGGGUAUCCCGUUUGAGUUAUCUCUCGAAUUUCUCAAGUAUCGAAGUAAGAUUCUGCUUCGUAGGCAGUCGAAACAAUGAGGUCGUUGGCCGUGGUUCUAUUGUUCGCCUUGGCGUACGCCAAGCACGAGAAAUAUAACGGAUGGAAGUCCUACUACGUGGGACCAGCUUCCGCGGAGCAAUUGAGCAGCCUUGGGCCACUCCUCGACAAAUACUCUGUAGAUGUCCUAAGUCACCCCAUCGUCCAACGGGAGGGCGUUGUUCUAGUAGCCCCGAAACAUCAGGCAGAUUUCACUAAGGCUUUAGAAGGCUUGGCUAUCAAUUACAAAGUACAUGCCGAGGAUGUGAAAGCUGCCUUGGACUACGAUGAUACAUUGAUUGCCUCUAAGAAGGCACGGGAUUUAAUGAGGAAUGGCGGUAAAAGCCUUCCUUAUGACAACUAUCAGUCUUUAGAAACGAUCAACGCCUACGUGAUUGACAUCGCAGCUCGUUUUCCAGACACUGUUACAUUGGUUAACCCCACCAAUUCCUUCGAAGGCCGUCCCAUCUACUACUUAAAAAUUUCCACCACCAACUUCCAAGAUGAGAGGAAACCCGUGAUCUUCAUUGAUGGAGGCAUCCACGCUAGAGAGUGGAUCUCCCCCCCUUCGGUGACGUGGAUGAUUCAUAAGUUGACUGAAGACGUGACUGAGCCUGAUCUUCUUGAGAACUUUGAUUGGAUCAUCCUGCCUGUUGUCAAUCCUGAUGGAUAUGUGUUCACCCACACAUCGGUGAGUUUAUUUGAUUUAAUUGUAAUCUUAAGCCAGUAAAAUAGUAAAAUGAC